AUGAUCCCAGAAAAACCACCAGACCCAAGCAUAGUUGGCUACAUCCCCCCACAAUCAGACAACCAAGGCUGCACCUCAACCCCUCGGGCCCUUGAAACCCCACUGGCCCUCACCUGGCGGGAUAUCCGCACCCUCUCUUCCGUCCUCUACCAGCUCCCCAAACUAUUCAUCCCGUUCACCUCCAAAGACCCAACCGAUGAACUCUCCCUCAACCCUCGGAAUAUCUGGUACUUAUGUGGCUUGGCCACUGUCACCGCCCUCGAGACGCUUCUAUGCGGUUUGGUCUUGAUGGCGGUGACGUUUUUGCCUGGGUGGUUGAGCAUGGGGGUUCUCGUGGGUGCGGUUGGGUUGAUAUGGGGUCUUUGUGUGCCGAUUCGGGGGCCGAUGGUGGUGGAGUCGUGUGCCGGGCUUAAGGAAGACUGUGGGAAUGUUCGGAAAGGCGAGAGGUGGAUUUUUGUGAAUGGAGUAAUGGUUGGAAAUCAGGGCCUCAGAAACAACUGCGACCGCCUCUCCAAAACCUUCGGCCGCCCAAUCACAGGAAUCCACAACCCCACUUACGGCCUCCUCUGGGACCUCCUCGAAUGCCUCUUCCAACGAUCUUUCGCCUACGACACCUACAGUACACGCUAUACUUACGACUAUCUCAAACGCUCAUUAACAGACCCGACGGUGCAUAAGGUAGUCCUAAUCGCGCACUCCCAGGGUGGCAUCAUAGUCUCCAUGGCCCUAGACCUCCUAUUCACAGACCUCUCCGCAGAAAACAUGGCCAAACUCGAAGUCUACACCUUCGGCUCGGCCGCUUCACAUUUCAACAACCCCAUGCGCGCUAUCCAGACCGUUACAACACCCAUCUCUACCUCACUCUUGCCGCGAAAUCGCAGUUCCAAAGGCGUCAUCAGACACAUUGAGCACUACGUCAAUGGAGAGGACAUCGUGCCGCAAUGGGGUGUUCUGUACAACGUCCGUUUGACCAAGACGCGAUAUAGUGGCAAAGUAUUCAUCCGGAAAGGCGCGACGGGUCAUAUGUUCAAUCAGCAUUAUUUGAACAAUAUGUUUCCCCUAGAUACUACGCCUCAGCUGCGACAUGGGAGUAAUCGCCCCGAUGCGCCUAAUGACUUCCUGGAUCAAGCGGUUAGAGUUGACGAGCGUACAUGUCGGGAUAGGGAGGCUUUUUAUUAUGCUGCCGCUGCCGCUUCGGCAGUGGAAAGCCCGGUCUGCUGUGAGUCAUCUGCUCCGGUUAGUCGAAAUGGGGGUGGCAGUGAGGUUAGUGGCGGAGUUAUGUCAGUGAGUAAUGGCAGUGGGAUUUGUGUGGAUGAGCCCGACGAGGACGACGAAGGCGGUGUUAAGAGAUAUAGAGAUGGAAUGACAGUUCGCGAGCUUAGUCGGUUGUGGAAAUACCUUGGUGGUGCAGAUCCGGAUAUGGAUGGGAGGCAACCUCUGAUGAAUUGA